GUCGGUCCUCGAGUGUGCGCGCCUGCCACGUUCUACGUUAAUGAGCAAACACGAAGCGUGGGCGCCAACUCGUAACACCGGGCGGCGGCACCUCAGCGCGCCGCUUAAAAUUUGAGCCCAGAAAAUUCCGCGAAGAAGAUCCGCUCUUGAGCCGCGGUGCGGACCCAGGGCGCGCGCCACUCGACAUCUCGGCGCGCGCGCUAACCUGAUCGCCGCUUGCCAGAGGCGCCCUGACCAAGCCUGCCUGCUUCUGCCUCUGCACGUGUCACGUUACUCAACAUGGAACCCCGAGUGCUUCUAUGCUUGGUCCUGUUCAUAGCAGGUUCCCUAGCAGCUGAAGCGGAAAAGGCGCAUUCCCGAUCACGUCGUGGCUUCGCGUGCAUAAUGGGCAACCCGUUCCUGUGCCGGCAACGCUGCUUCAUGUUGUACCCCGGCAGCACGGGCUUCUGCUGGGGCUUCCGGUGUCGCUGCCUUGGUGGCCUCUUCGGUGGCCUGGGAGCCCUGGGCGGCUUGGGCUUCCUUGGGCGAUGAACGAGGCCGCCAUUCUACGCCUGCAGCGGAGCACUGUUUUUUUUUUUUUUUUAAUGUCUGUGUCAGGGAGAGCGACUCAUUAGAGACGGCAUUAGUGCAGCACGAACACCGGCGUAGUGCCGAUCGUGCACCCUGUCCAAUAAAAUGUGCGCG